AUCCAAAAUAACGUGAUGAUAAUCGUUGGAUCGCAGCGGCUUUCAAUGCAGUAUAUUCGGAAGAAAAGUGUAGUUAUAUUAUUAAAAUUUCCUAAAGGAUUUUAAGCUUUUCCGGUCACUCGGGUAAGGUGCUCGAGUUAACAAAAUGCCACCAAAGAAGGCACCGGCACCAAGUAAAAAGACGGAGCAAAAGAAAAAGGAAAAAGUUAUCGAGGACAAAACAUUUGGUAUAAAAAACAAGAAGGGUGCCAAGCAGCAAAAGUUUAUUCAGCAAGUUGAAAAGCAGGUAAAAUCGGGUGGCGUAAAUCCCCGCAAGCUCGAAGAUCCUAAUGCCAAGAAGUUGGAGAAGGAGAAGAAGCUUAAGGAACAGAAGGAACUAGCCCUCAUUUUCAAGCCUGUUCAAACGCAGAAGAUAGAUAAAGGUAUAGAUCCCAAAUCUGUUGUAUGCGCGUUUUUUAAGCAGGGACAAUGUACAAAGGGAGAUAAGUGUAAAUUCUCACACGAUUUGAGUGUUGAGCGGAAAGCCGAGAAACGAUCCUUAUAUUGUGAUAUGAGAGAUGACGAUAAGGAGACGGAUACGAUGGACAAGUGGGAUGAAGAUAAACUAAAAGAGGUUGUAGAAAAGAAACAUGGUGGUGGUAAUCGUCCAAAUACUGACAUUAUAUGCAAGCACUUCUUGGAAGCAGUGGAGAAGUCGAAAUAUGGCUGGUUCUGGGAGUGUCCAUCUGGUCAAAAGUGCAUCUACAGGCAUGCUUUACCUCCUGGAUUUGUCCUGAAGAAAGAUAAGAAAAAAGAAGACAAGAAGGAUGAAAUCUCUCUGGAGGAUUUAAUAGAAACGGAAAGGGCCAAUUUAGGACCUAAUCAAACCAAAAUAACGCUAGAGACAUUUUUGGCUUGGAAGAAGAGAAAAUUGAAAGAAAAAAUGGAGCAGGCGAUCAAAGAUGAAGAAAAGAAGAGAAGCGAUUAUAAAGCUGGUCGCCAAGUUGGCAUAUCGGGAAGAGAAAUGUUCUACUUCAAUCCGGAUCUUGCAGCAGGAGACGGUAUUGAUGAAGGAGAUGAAGCAAUAUCUAAUUACUCUCGUGAAGAAGAUGACGAAUCUGAAGAUGUUCAAUAUAGGGAACUCGAUACCGACCGUCUUGCUUUUGAAGCUAGUGAAAUUGAUACCAAGGGUAUCACAAUGGCAACUGCAGAUCGGUUAAAGUCCAACAAUGCCACUGAUAACAAUAAAGAUACAGCGACUGUGGACGAGGGUGCAGUUGCAGUAGCUAUUAACGAAAAUCUUUUCGUGGAAGAAGACCUAGAGGGUUUGGAAGAAGAAUUGGGGGACCUGGACUUGGAGGAGUAAGCCAGAUGUCCCAAAUGUGUCUCCUCACCACGUCUGUCUUGUGUUUUAUUCCUUAAAUACACACAACUCGGAUAAUCAAUUUCAAGUCAUUAUAUAGUGUACAUAUUGAAUUGUAUUUACGUAAAUACGACAUCUGUGUAUUCGAGUAUGUAUACAGAAAACUGCACAAGUAAGUGAUACAAUUCAGAACUCAUCAUCGCCAUCUCUAUCAAUUAAAAUCAAGUCUUUAUAAUAUCCUGUUUAUCUGAUUAUUACCUAUAAAUAUCAGGAUAUUUAGUGUUAUACACAUUAAAUAAUGUACAUUAUUUUUGUAAUAUUGACAUAUGCGUGGCAUUUAUAUCUGACACACAAUGUUAUACAAAGAAACUUUUUUCCUUUUUCUCCAAUUAAAAUUUUCUUGCCAUUAGAAACAUUUAAAAAAUAAAAUGUACAGUCUAGUCAAGAAGUUGUCCACAUAUAAUACAAUAAUAAGAAUAUAGGAAAAUAUCAAAAUCUUGAUAACACACUAUAUUCUAUGAUAAUGCAAAUAUUUUGUUUUUAUUUUUUUUUAAAUAUUUUUAUAAAACGAUAAUUUUUUUUUUAUCUUCAAUAGAAGCUAUAGAGUUAUAUCCUUAUAUUAUUUGAAUAAAUUAAAAUUAAUAUUAUAAAA